UGAUAGGUAUAGGUACCCAUACUCUAAUUCUUUUAACCUAGCAGUAGUUUUGCAUUUUUUGUAAUAUUUUAAUUUAUUAUUAGAAUAAACGUAUAAAUAAGAAAGGAAACAGUAAAUUAUUUCAAAAUGAUUCCGCGUGUUGCUCAGUUUAUAAAUAUAAUGAAACAAAUCGAACGUAACAUAUAUAAUCGCGUAUUUGGGGGACCACCUAAAGAAUUUUCCAUAGUGUAUGUUGGAGAUUCUAACCAAACUCCUAUUAGGAGCAAGAUGUCAAUAAAAGAUAUCAUUGGUGAUGGCAUUUUAUUUGCGGUUCCUAAGUUUAGAAGAACAGUUGAAAAGAGACUGAAGAGGAAGUUCGGUUCUCCAGACUAUGUGUGGAAAAUGUUAGAGGUCAAAACAAAUCUCAAAGUUUGUCGUGAUUGUGGUCAUCAUUAUGAAAGUGGCAGACUGUGUGGGAACUGCUAUUCAAAAGUAAAGGAAGAAACUGAAGAAAUUAAACAAAAAAUCCAAGAGAAAUUAGGUACCGGGCCUAUUGAAAAGGAUGUUAUUGUAUUGUAUGAAGGUGACAGCACUCCUGAACAGCCACCAGAGUUUUGGAAAGGAAAAAGGAUAAUAGAGAUGCAAAAGGAAAGGCCACAGUGGUUCAGCAAAAAUCUCCUUCAGAAAACAACACAAAAGCCUUCAGACUCUACUGAUGUGAAACCAACUGACCUAGCCUAGAUUUUAGUAUU